AUGGUCGGGGUUUCAGCGCUUGAUGUGUUGAAGAGGCCGGAGCGUUUGUUCAACUUGAAAGAGGAGAAAGCGAAGGGGGAAUCCGCUGGUUUUACCUACCUGGGAAAGAUUGAGAAGCUGAAGCAGGAGCUGAUUGAUUUGAAACAGGAAGCACAAGAAGAGACGAAGAAGCUGGUAGAUUAUUAUGCCCAACAAAUAAAAGAACUGGAAGAUAAAUUUCAGGAAAAAGUCAGAGAAAUUGGACAAAUUCAAUUAGAACGGAAAUUAACAAAGGAGUUCCGCCAGGAGAAAGCAGCUAUGGAGAAAGAGCUGGAAGACUUAAAAGAGAGUAUGGAGAUUUCAAACAGGAGACAUCAGGAAGUGGUUGAGAGAUUGGAGAGGAGGUUUCUUGAAGAAAAGAAAAGACUGGAAGAAGAUGUUGAGAAAAAGCUAAUAAUGAUGGCAGAGACCACCCAGCAUGAGGCUGUUUUGCAGCUGAACAGCACUGGGAGAGAGAUGUUUAAGGAGAAUGUUCAUCUUCAAGGUGCAUUUGCUAACUGUCUGAAAGAAACCAUGGAAUUGCAGAAAAUCAAACCAAAGUCAGAAGAGGACAUAACUCUUCUGUUACAGGAGAAGGAAACCAAUGAGGAUUUAGUUCGAAAAAAAAUCCUACAGAUCAGUCACCAGAAAGAACAGAUUAGAGAUCUGCGGCGUAAAGUGGAAAAGCUGGAGAUGGCCUUAUGUCGCAUGACCAGAGAAUCUGUGAGAGAGACUCAGAAAACACAGCAGCAGGUGCUGAUAGAAAACCAGGCAAGCAUGGUGGAGAUCAAGAAACUGCAGCAACUACUAGAAAUGAAGGAUCGGGAGAUGAACCGAGUGAAGAAACUAGCACGGAAUAUCUUAAAUGAGAGGACUGAGGUGGAAAGGUUCUUCCUAGAUGCUCUGGAACAUGUGAAGCAGGAGAUCAUAUCCAGUAGAAAGCACUAUAAGAAAAAGGCCCAAACUGCUUAUUACAGAAAAAUGAUGGAGGCAUGUGCAGGGAAGGAAGAAUUUCCCAAAAUCAAAACAUUCAAAAGCAACAUAAAUAGCACAAAUAGUGUGUACAGAGACCUAGAGGAAGCAGAGAAAUGCUACUGGGAAAAAAUCCGGGUUGAAAAAGUGGAUAUCAGUGACUUGACAUGGGAACAAAAAGAACGUGUUCUGCGAUUGCUCUUUGCCAAAAUGAAUAGCACAAAUCCACGGAAAUACACCAGCAUUUUGGCUGCUUCAGCUUCAGCUCCUGACGAUACUAAAGAAGAAAGCAAAACUGGCACUGAAAAUACUUCUCCCAACCUAAUAUUCAUUACACAGCACACAAAAUUAUCCGAUUCAUCAUCUUCUGCAGUAAUGUUUCCGCACAUUCAGGUGUUAACACCAGAGACAGAGUAA